AUGGUGGCAAACAGACGGCGCCACGGCAGCAGAAAAUCCGCUGUCUGACUACGACCGAGAUGCAAUCCUGAAGCAGAACCCGCUGUCAGCUGACCUUAUCAAGCUCAACGAAAGCGUGGUCACCUGUGACAGCCAAGACUCACAGACCCCAACGCCCGCGCCACCACCAGCGCAGUGGUACGAAGAGACCACGAAGCGCCGUCCGCACUUUGCCAAGGAGCUCACAAAACACCAGCGCCGAAACUCCGCGACUGCGCUUCUUCAGCGUGCCUAUGUUGAGAUGAUCUGCAGAAGCGAGCUACAAGCGAGGCACAUCCUUGCCUGUUCGGGUGACCUGUGCUACUUCGUUCUCACCUU